AUGGCUUCAGUGACUUCGUUGGAUAAGGAUUUGCGCAAUAUGCGCCUAUCCCGCUAUACCCCGCAGGCAGCCGCGGAGGUGCGCGACUGGAUUGAGGAAGUGUUGCAUGAGAAACUGGCAGCGUCAGACUUGCUCGAAGGCCUGAAGGAUGGUGUUGCUCUUUGCAAGCUGGUAAACCUCGUUGUGUCACCGGGCGUGAAAUUUAAGCAGUUGUCCGCACCAUUUGUACAAAUGGAGAAUAUUUCGCAUUUCUUGCGCGCAUGCCAAUUACCACCGCUCAACCUUCCUCCGCAUGAUGUCUUCCUGACAGUUGAUCUCUACGAAGCAAAGGAUCCAGCGCAGGUUCUCCAAUGUUUGGCAGCGUUCAGCCGACGGGCUAAUGCCCUUGCGCCCAACAAAUUUCCCCGAACCGUCGGCCCACAGAGUAAGCGCGGUGUGGUCAGCCCGAAUGCGACGGGUUCCUCAAGCACCGGAGCAUAUACACCACGGUCAGCCCGCUCCUCCAGCAACGUCGGAGAUGCGAAGCCUUCUGGGUCAUACAGUACUUGGGCUAAGAAGGGAGAUGAGCAGGAUACUACGCCAGCUUGGAACAUUCACCAAUAUGGCUACAUUGGGGGAGCUAGCCAAGGGAAUCAAGGGGUUGCAUUUGGUGCUCGCCGACAGAUCACCACUCCCGGGCCGGCUGUACCAAGCCUCGCAGAGAAAGAGAAGCGCAGGCGUGAAGAGGACGAACGGAUUCGCCAACAGAACGCAGAGAGGGAAGAGGCUGAGCGAGUGCACCAGCGACAGGUUGCAGAAGAGGAGGCUCGUGCCAAGGCAGAAGAGGAGCGCCGAUGGGAAGAAGAGACUGCUCGUGUAAGGGAACAAGAACGUCUCAAGGUGGAAGCAGAAAAGAAGCGCUGGGACGAUGAGAAGCGCCAAUGGGAAGCGGAAGAGCAGCGACGUAUAGCGGAAGAAAAAGAAGCCGAGGACCGAUUUGAGCAGGAGCGGCAACAGAGACGAACCUUGAACGAUAACCGUCUCAACGGUCAGUUCCUGAGUCAGUACCAAGCCUCCAACCCCCAGGCUAGUGAUGUCACCGGCGCGGUCGAAGAAACAACCCAAAGCCGCCGCAUCAAAGAGCUCGAGCGCGAGCUACAGCUGGCAAAGGACCGGGAGCGUCAGUACGAGACCGAACGCCAAGUCCAGCUUGAAAAGACCGGCGAUCAGCCUCAGCCUCGCAGUCAAAGUCGCCCUCGUCCCGUGCCUCCCAAGCCUAGCUACGAUCUUUCUUCUCUCGAACAAGAACGGCGACUCCUCCGUACGGAGUGGCAGAACACGCAGGAUAUGCCCGCUACUUCCGAGGCAGAGGAACCCGAACCCGUUGAAGAGCGAGCACCACCCCAACCCCCUCGUCCCCUCCCAGUGCCAAAACCAUCAUCUUUCUCUGCCUCGCCGGCGCUCCCUCCUAGGGACCUACCUGCCUCGCCCCGGCCGCUUCCGGACCCAGUAGCCUACAACGCCAAUCGGGCCCACCAAAGCCGCGUGGAUAGUUUCCUUUCCUCGAACCCAGCCCCCGCAUCUCCAGCCCCAGCCUCCCACCGAUUCCAAGACUACACCUCGACCUCCGAAGUCGACGCCGAGAAUAGCCGCCGCGCAGCUUCACAGCAGAAGACCAAAGCCGGCGGCUGGGCAUCCAAGUCUCUCUUGGAACGAGAGAUGGAGCGUGAACGGGCGCGCCAGGAGGAGUGGGCAGAGAACCAGAAGCAAACGGCAGCUGCGGCCGAACGUGGUGGCCAAGACGGCUCUCAAGGCUCGGGACCAGGCCAGUCUUGGGAUGUCCAUCAGUAUGGCUAUAUGGGUGGUGACAAUCAGAAUCGUGGCGGUGUUGGCCUUGGUGUUGGCGGUGCUAGGCGCCAGAUUAUUGGGCCCCGGCCGCCCCGGUAA